AUGGAAAAUGCCUCCAAUGCCCCAGUGUUCUUGUCAACCUUAUCCGAAGGGGAAGAUCUGAUCUUUGGAACUCUCUAUUCAUUCUUUGGUGUAGUGUCUCUCUUUGGAAACUCACUUCUCCUAUGGGUUGCCUACCGGAAAAGAGCCCUCCUGAAGCCUGCAGAAUUCUUCAUUGUGAAUCUUGCCAUCAGCGACAUAGGCAUGACUUUGAUCCUCUUUCCACUGGCCACACCAUCCUUCUUUGCCCACAGGUGGCUGUUCAACCAUGCCAUGUGUAUCUUCUAUGCCUUCUGUGGAGUUCUCUUUGGUCUGUGCAGCCUCACCAGCUUGACUGCACUGAGCACAGUUUGCUGCAUGAAGGUCUGUUACCCAGCUUAUGGCAAUAAAUUUUCUCCGCCAUAUGCUGGGGUCUUGCUAGCCUGUGUCUGGAUUUAUGCAUUCAUCUUCGCAGUGGCUCCCUUGGCUGACUGGGGCAGCUAUGGGCUAGAACCUUACGGGACGGCGUGCUGCAUCAAAUGGAAAGCCUCAACCAGAGAAGCCAAAUUCUACAUCAUGGCCCUCUUUGUCUUCUGUUACAUCAUUCCAUGCAUCCUGAUAAUUAUCUCCUACUCGCUCAUCCUUUGGACGGUGAAAGUGUCCAGAAGAGCAGUGAAACAGCAUAUGUCACCCCAAAGCAAAUCUAACAGUGUCCACAGCCUCAUUGUCAAGCUCAGUGUUUCUGUGUGCAUUGGAUUUCUGGCUGCUUGGACCCCCUAUGCCAUUGUUGCUAUGUGGGCAGCAUUCGGCGAUGCCAGCAAAGUGCCAAUCCUGGCCUUUGCCCUGUCUGCUGUCUGUGCCAAGUCCUCAGCCACCUACAACCCUCUGGUGUAUCUGCUCUUCAAGCCCAACUUCCAGAAGUUCCUUUCUAAAGACCUCUCGUUCUUCCAGGCAGUGUGUGCAGUCUGCUGUUGUUGCAGCCGGUCCAGGGUCAUCACCCUUCGAUCCUUCCACACGCCAGAUGGCCGGGCUUCCAUGAGAUUCUCUGCCGCUUUCACCGACCACCGCGGAUCCUGUAGGAACUGUUCUGACACUUUCGAAUGCUUCAGCAAUUAUCCCCGGUGCUAUAGGCUCACCCAGAAAUCUGAUACAGCCUCCAAGACUAACCCUCUUGCCAUUCUGAGAGAUGGAAGAGCUUGCCAGCCAAGUUUUAAGCGAACUGUGCAAGUCAUGGUGCUCCUGACCAAGAAAAAGACUGGAAUAGGGACUAGGAAUGUAGCUGGAGAUGUUCUGCCUUCAAACAUUGUGAGAGAUCUCAUGUAA